AUAGUAACUGUCUUCAUGAAAUCUAUUCUUGUGUUUUCAGACAGUUUAUCUGAUAUGUGUAAAGCUAUACCAGCUUUAACUACUUUAGAAAGAACCAAGGCUGCUCAAGUCAGAAAAGAACAUAUGACUGUUGGAGUGAAUAAGGAAUCUCUUAAUGAUCUUGAAAGAGCCAUUGUAUUCGUAACAUUAGAUACAAAACAAAUUGAUGACAUGUCUGCUAGAGGGAAGUAUUUAUUACAUGGUGAUGGAAAGAGUAUGUGGUUUGAAAAGUCUAUCAAUAUGGUAUUUUUUGCUGAUGGUAGAGUAGGAUUUAAUGGUGAACAUUCCUAU